AUGUCCUUUUUCGCGAUCGUCAUCUCGAGUGAGGAUGAUGUCACCAGCUUGAGGAGAAAAUCGUACACGAUCUGCAGGUGGGUCCACGCGGGCUCUAUAGCGGGCUCGUUAUUCUUGGCCAGGCUCCGGGCCCUCGAGCAGGAAUUUGGAGGGAAGACGCGGAAAAGGUUAAUCGAGCACAUCUUGCACGAUGCUUGGAUCAGAGGCUCGUGCUAUCUCAUUCCGGCGAGUCAUGGUCCAUCGAAUGCUGCUCUUCUCGGUGAUUAUUCCGGCAAGUCACGGUCCAUCGAGCUUCUCGGCUAUUCUCGCUCGCUUUCAUGGAGUGCUUUUCUCCUUCACAGAGCCGCAACUCUCUUCUCUGGCGAUUUAAGAAACAUGUUUCCUGUUCAAGAAACGAGAAACCUGUCUCUUGCUCAAGAAAUUUGUUUCUCGACCAAGAAACAUUGGAAAAUCCAUGUCUACGACUCGUUGGCCCACAAUUCGGAGGACAAUCUUGGUCGAGCGCAAACAUUGGCCCCAGUUACCCACUUGCUCCCAUCGUUAAUGCUUCAGUCGGGCUAUUUUAAGAAAUUGAGGGGAAAACCUAUUACUCACCCUUUCUCAGUUAACAUUAUGCCAGCAGACGAACAAUAUGUACAAAACGAUACUCACAGUUGUGGUGUAAUAGCGUGCAUGUACGUACAACGCAUGCUUGGGAACGUCUUUCCGAAGAAUCCGACUAACGAAUAUAUUGAAAAUUACAGAAAGAAAAUGACUAUAGCUAUUUUUGCACUUGGGAAGCUUGUGGAUUGA